AUGUCGACCGAAACCGAGAAGAAUGACGCAAAGACGGAGUCGCUACUAGACGCGUCAACGCCAACGCUUGUGGACGCCGUCAUUUCUGAGCCCGAGAAAGAUGCAACUGCCGAUGUGCACCUUGUUGAGAAGAAGCUAGAAGGGCUCGCAGUCGGAUUAGUUACUACUAAAGUCCAAGCAACGGGGUCCACAGGUGAUGAUUCGGAAUCUGCACAGGAACAGAAGCCUUCGAUCUCGCAUGUUAACGAAGACUCCACGACAGGCACUCAGCUCGGAAGCGGUGAUCUCAAACCAGACUCUACGCAGGACUCGCAAAGCGAGUACCUCUUUCGACCACCCCAAACAAUAUUCAGCUCAUUCCGUAGCACACACCAAUCCCGUUCCUACGAGCAGAAGGAGUCCCGCCAACCCUCCAGACGCAAGUUCGAGAAUAAGGAUGAUGUUCGCGAUAUUCACGAUCGUAGCUAUCGGAACAUCCUAGAUCCCCGUGGAGGUACACCAGAGCGCUUCAUGACUAUCACUGCCCAACAAUUAUACGGUUCCAACCCACCAAGUCUGGAAGAACUACGUGUUAGCGAUUAUGCUCUUGGUCUGAUCAGGCCCUUAUCGUUGGGUGAUGCACCAAAGCAAUCAUUGACGGCCGGUACCUCACAUCCUAUCGACGAUGACGAGCCAGUCGAUGGGAGGCCAGCAACGCCUACAGGUCACGGCUUAUCCGGUGGUGAAGUUUCCGCUAACUCCCUAUCCAGUCUAUCGGGAAAGUCAGCAGCUUUGUCACAUUCGCGCUUGCCUAGCGUUCGGAAGGAGCCAGCUAGUGAACAGGCGGCUGAGCCAACCAGCUUGAUAAGUGUCUCUGGCACUCCGAUCAAUCCAUCGCCAGCGAUGGGCGGACAGAUGGAUCUGGGAACAUGUUCAACCGCAGGCGAGGUCUGGCAGAGACAGUGCAACCUUUGCCCCACUGUUCGUAGAUUUCACUCAGCCGACGAGCUUCUGGCUGCAAGUGACCUAUGCGAAGGAUGCGAGGCAAAGAGGAAGACUUCAUGUUAG